CAAGGUCAAAGCGGCCACGACUCGCAACCAUGUCGGUCGUGAGUGCGCGCGAUAUUCGUUCGUUCCCGUCGGCUCGCUCGCGCUUGUUCCGUGUGCGCGCUUCUCGUCUCUUCCUCGACGACAGCGAGAGUAAAAGACAUCGCGCUCCGCUUUCCUCUCAUCGUCCCGCUGCCGUCAUGCCGUCGCCACUCGUCGAUGCGAUGUCGCCUAUGUGUUGCUUUCGCAAACUAGGUUCGUGCGCGCUACAUUCAAGUGCCCGUCGACGAAUUUCGCAGGUGCAAAUUACGCUCGUAUGUGCGUCAGAUGUCCGUCGUCGAGACGACGACGAAUGAGCAGACAUUUUGAAUAUGCGACAUCCGCGUAUGUCCAUCGUAAGUGUCGUUCGUUUCGAGGAAAUUGUCGCGUAGAUUGGACGCGAAUAUUUCGACGGAGCACUCCGUCUCUUUGUAAAAACAAUGCCGAUGACAAUGACAACGACAACGACGACGACGACGACGACGACGAAGAGACAGACGCGUGGGCGUCGACAAGGAGGGAUGGAGAAUACGUAGUGCGCGCUGCCGAUCGAGAACGUCGAUUUGUGUGAUCUCGUGAAUCUCCGCUCCGCGGAAGGGAGCGGGAAGGUCGGCAAGGUCGUACGCGCGGCGUGGCGCAGCGCGGUGCGACGCACAGAAAGAACGGAAGAAGGAGCGGAAUACCACGGAAUACCCGCGGACGCGGAGGCAGGCAGUAGCGCGCGGCGCGAGAUUCGCGUCACGGGCCAAGAUGGCGGCGGAUUUCGGACAGGAUCCGGACGGACGCUGCGUCGCGCCGCGCCGCGUCGCGUCGCGUCGAGGAGAUAAAUUCCGUCUUGUGCUGUCGACGACAUUACGUGAAGAUGGAUAUCCAGAUGGUAACGAGUGGAAUCCUAUGGAACAGGAGGGAGGUUCCAGGGCGGAUAGCUUUGAGUACGUCAUGUCCGGCAAGGUGUAUCGAAUUGAAGGUGACGAAGCCAACAAUGAACCCAGCAGCAGACUAUCGGCCUAUGUAUCUUUUGGAGGUCUGUUGAUGAGGUUACAAGGUGAUGCGAACAAUCUGCACGGCUUCGAGAUAGAUCAACACAUGUACCUAUUAAUGAAGAAACUUGCAUUUUGAUAUUUCUAUCGUCAAUUUUUUAUCAUUUAGAAAUUCUUUCAACAAAUGUAUCUAUUAGUAGUGAAGAAAUUUGAAUUUUAUGUUCUAAUAUGUAAUAUUAAUACACCAAC